AUGGAUUCACUAAAAAGGGGCAGCACUGUGAAGGACGGUAGUACAACAGAGAAGUGCCACUUAGGACAGAAGAAUGUCACCCCGAUGAGCAACUCCCUGUUCGACUGCUCAUGUGUCUAUAUGACCUACUUGAACAGCAACGUGAACAAUUUUAAAAUACGUAACUUCAUAAACUGCAAGCUGUACGACUCCGUUUUCAGUUACGUGAAAAAAAAAAAUUUAGAAAAGGUAAAGGAGUACACACAGGGGAAGAAGCAGAAUAGGGGGUCCCCCCAAGUGCCAAUAUUUCUAUGGGUUAUUUUUGGAGGGAAGGAUAUGAAGUCCAUCGAUUCAUUAAACACCGUUUAUAAGAUCCUCCGAUACGCCACAGAGAUACCUCCGUCUGAAUAUAUGAGAUACUUGGCCAAAUUGGAAAGAAGGAAAAUAAAAAAAAAUUUGCACACCAAGUGGAGCAAGAAGGAAGGGGCGACCUGUGCUGACUGGGGAGAGCAACGGAAAGGAUCCCCAAAGAGAGGCAUUCCACCUGAACAGGAAUAUAACUCAGCAAAUGAGUUCUUCCCCAAUUUAGCAACUCACCGUGGUGUCAUCGAGCGAAACGAACCAAACAGUGGGAGCCCCACAAAGAGGGGAAAGGAAAAAAAAAAAUUGCCCCAAUUGCCCCCAAAUAUUUUCUUCCACAAAAAUUUGUACAAAAACGCUACCGAAAUAUACGAUCGAAUUGUGGAGUACUACGAGCAGUACAGUCAGAAAUGUGACGCGUUUGGGCCUCACAACUAUGGCCAUUUUUUGGACUACUACAGGGAAAGGGUGCGAGGCUCCGCGCGGGACAGCGAGGGGGAGGAUGCGGAGCGGGGGGGCGCCCAUCAUGGGGGAGGUCCCCUUGGGAGAGCUAAUCAUGGGGGAGGUCCCCUUGGGAGAGCUAAUCAUGGGAGAAGUCCCCAUGGGAGUGCCCAUCGUGAGGAAGAUCACCUUGGGAACAGCCACCAGGACAGGGACGCGGAUGAGGACCCGGAUGAGGACGCGGACGAGGACCCGGACGAGGACCCGGACGAUGCAUACGACUUCUUCAUAGAACGAAGCGACAGCGAAUCGGACGAGCUGUUCGACUUCAUUUCCUACCACAUGCAGGGAAGAAACCCUUCGUUUGAAAAAAGCGGGGGGGAAGUAAAAGAAGGCAAGCUGAAUUACACGGAUAUAUACGGGCCGCUAAUCUACAAGAAGAAGAAAAAAAACCCAGUUAGGUAUUCCUUUUUGCUGUUGGACUACCCCGCGUAUAACAACAGCACAGGCCACCCCUCGCCCCUGACGUUCAAGACAAGUGCCCUGGCGGCGCUGAAGGAGGCCUUGAAGGAGCUGCGCAGGGGGGCCCACCCUAGUGGGGAAAGAGGGAAUAGAGGGGAAGGCGGGGAAGACGAGGAAAGCGAGGAAGGCGGCAUUAGCGGCGUUGGCGAUGCUAGCGGUGUUAGCAGCGUUGGAGAUGCUAACCGAAUUAACCACAUUGGAGAUGCCAGCCGAGUUAACCGCGUUGGAGAUGCCAGCCGAAUUAACCACGCUGGCGUAUCCAUAAACAUCCUGGGCUACUCUCUCGGGUGCUGCGUCGGCCUGCAGCUGCUGCUGGACAUUGCGAAGAGCCUCUACAACGACUUCUUCCAAGGGGAGAGCAAAAAGCCAUUUCAUCGAAAGGAAAGGGAAGCCAUUAGGGACCCCCCAAACGAGGGAAACGAUUUGUCAAUCAAGCUAAACAGUAGGAGGAACAACAAGGUUAAUGAGUACGUGUAUGACGCGCGGAAAAUAUUAACCUUUGGGGAUGUCUUUGUGAGUGGACCUUCAUCCUCAGCCACUGAUGUCCAGCUAAGAGGGGACCCACAGCCAAGUACCCAAGGGGAAAAAGAAGAAAAAGCGAAAGAAGAAGACAAGGAAAAAGCGAAAGAAGAAGACAAGGAAAAAGCGAAAGAAGGAGACAAAGAAAAGGGCAAAGACAAGGGCAAAGACAAAGGCAAAGACGAUCUGAAAGACCCCCAAUUUAGGAAACACCCCCCCCAUCAAACACAUUCCUACGCAGAACUACACCAACGGAGAAGCAGUCACUACUGUUGCAGCGUUACCAACUAUCAACAAAGGAACAAACUGAAACUGGGGAUUCACAAAAAUGCAGGGUGCAAAAAUGUCCCCAAAAAAGUCAGCAUAAAUGAAGGCCUGCAAAGUGUAAAGCAACGAAAAAAAGAGGUGGAAAAAAAAUUAAGUAACGAAUUAAACAUAACUGUAGAUAGAGUCAUCCUUGUUGCACCAUUCACGAACACGCAGAAAUUGGUGAAAAGCAUUUUAAGAAAUAGUGUACUAUUCUUACUUAGCUGGUUUGUUAUGAAUAAAAAAUGCCCCUAUGUCCACUGGGACAACAUCUCCGUGCUGAAAGAAUUUUUUAAAAUACUAUACGACUUAAAGGGAACAAAAAAUUUGAGUAGCAUUUUUGCCAAUUUGCAAAUUUAUUUUAUCCAUGGAGAGAAAGACACACUGGUCAAUUACCAAAUGAGUUUGAAGCUAUAUAAACUUACGAACACACUUACGUCAAAGUAUGCCUUACAUCAUGUUAAAGCUUUUCUUUAUAUUUUCAAGGAGGACUGUCAUUCGUCUAUCUUUAACACUGAGGGAGAAAAUAAAAUUUUGCAAAUUAUUUUUAAACCCCUCCGAUUGCACCCCUUCAGCACAACUAACAUACACAAAUUGCAUUUCAGUCUCUACAGGGACAUCUAUUUGUUGAAGACGGCCUACUUGCAGUACAUCUCUGGGGUGACGUCUAAGUUGGUUCGUGCAUGA